GACCUGUUGAGAUGUUUACUUUCAAAGAUGUAACACUUGUCUUUCAAAGGAAGCACUUGUUGCACCUGGAAUAGGUCAAAAUGCAAAGACUGGGAAACUCUUUCGAAGAUGAAUUUCUGUAGCAUUUCAUAAACGUUAUAGUAUUGAGAAUGGAUAAGUGUAAACACGUAGGAAGACUUCGGCUUGCCCAAGACCAUUCCAUUGUAAAUCCUCACAAGUGGCAUUGCAUGGUAUGCAAUACUACAGAAUCUGUAUGGGCCUGCCUCAGCUGCUCACAUGUUGCUUGUGGAAGAUACAUCGAAGAACAUGCACUAAAGCACUUUCAGGAAAGCAGUCAUCCAGUGGCAUUAGAAGUGAAUGAGCUGUAUGUUUUCUGCUACCUUUGUGAUGACUAUGUUCUUAAUGAUAAUGCAACUGGUGAUUUAAAGCUGUUGCGAAGUACAUUAAAUGCAAUCAAGAGUCAAAAUUAUGACUGUACUACUCGCAGUGGCAGGAUUUUGCGAUCGAUGGGCACAAGUGAUUAUCUUUCCCAUAAUAGUGCUCAAGCCUUGCUUCGUAAUCAAGACCGUAUGUUCACAGCUCUAUGGCACAGGAGGCAUGCAUUAAUGGGCAAAGUUUUUAGAUCUUGGUUUGAACUGACACCAAGUGGGAAAAGGGUUUUAGAAGAAGAAAAGCUAAGGGAAGAAGCAGAAGAAAGAAGGAUCAAUGCUAAGAAGAAAAGAGAAGAGAGAAAGCGCCAGUUGAAAGAAGAAAUGGAAAAAAUGCCUCCAAGAAAGAGCUUUCGCUUGCAAAAUCAAAAUAAGGAAUCCUCAAAAAUAUCACUCUAUGCACUAAAAGUGUCACAGAAUUUGGACUCUGCUGUAGAACUGAAAGUAACAGCUACCUCAGAUGAUGUAAAAUUAAAAAAAAUUAAUGACUCUCCAGUUAAACGAAGGCCUACUGUGACUCCUGGUGUAACAGGAUUACGAAACUUGGGGAAUACAUGUUAUAUGAACUCUGUUCUCCAGGUAUUGAGUCAUUUGCUCAUAUUUCGGGAAUGUUUUUUAAAGCUUGAUUUGAACCAAACUCAAGAGUUGUUAGCAGCUGCAGCCAAUGGCAAAACAAGAUCAUCUUAUAAGCAUUCUCCAUCUGCUGGCUCUAUAUUUCAUGUGAACAAAAGUCAAUUUAAGGACAAGGAGUCUUCUGCAAGGCGAUCUAGUGUUUCAUCAGGCUUAAGUGGUGGAGCAUCAAAUAGUAGAAAUAUGGAACUUAUUCAGCCUAAGGAGCCAAGCUCAAAGUACAUUUCUCUUUGUCAUGAGCUGCAUACAUUGUUUCAAGUCAUGUGGUCUGGCAAGUGGGCAUUGGUAUCUCCAUUUGCCAUGCUCCAUUCUGUGUGGAGACUAAUCCCAGCCUUUCGUGGUUAUGCCCAGCAAGAUGCUCAGGAAUUUCUCUGUGAACUUUUGGAUAAAGUACAGCAAGAAUUGGAGACGGCUCGUACAAAAUGCCCAGCCCUCAUCCCUACUUCUCAAAGGAAACUCAUUAAACAGGUUUUGAAUGUGGUCAAUACAAUUUUUCAUGGGCAGCUUUUAAGCCAGGUAACAUGUCUUGCGUGUGAUAAUAAGUCUAAUACUAUAGAACCCUUCUGGGAUCUGUCACUGGAAUUUCCUGAACGAUACCACUGCAAUGGAAAGGAGACAACCUGUCAGCAUCCAUGCUUGUUGACGGAAAUGUUGGCUAAGUUUACAGAAACUGAAGCAUUGGAAGGAAAGAUAUAUGCCUGUGAUCAGUGCAACACAAAACGAAGGAAGUUUUCUUCUAAGCCCAUUAUACUCACAGAAGCACAGAAGCAACUUAUGGUAUGCCGACUACCUCAAGUUCUGCGGUUACACCUUAAGCGGUUCAGAUGGUCAGGACGUAAUCAUCGUGAGAAGAUUGGUGUGCACGUCAGCUUUGAUCAGACGCUCAACAUGGAGCCCUAUUGCUGCAGAGAAUCUCUCAAGUCCCUUGUUCCGGAUUGCUUUAUCUAUGACCUGUCUGCUGUUGUGAUGCAUCAUGGGAAAGGUUUUGGCUCAGGACACUACACUGCCUAUUGCUAUAAUUCAGAAGGAGGAUUCUGGGUUCAUUGCAAUGAUUCCAAGCUCAACAUGUGCACUAUGGAAGAAGUAUGCAAGGCCCAGGCCUACAUCUUGUUUUAUACUCAACGAAUUACUCAGGCAAAUGGACACUGUAAAGUUUCAGCUCUUGACUCACCAUCUGGAAAACAGCCAAAUACUGAAGUUAAUUGUUCCACUGCAGAUAGUAACAGCUAAUCCAAAGCCAAUUUAAUGUGUACAGUACAAGUCUUGAGAGUUGUCACUUGUACAUGUGUUGAGAUGAGUAAGUGCAGUAUUGUACAAUGUAUCUACAUACCUUUUUGUACUAGCUGAAAACUUGUUUGGGGGAUUUUUUUUUUAGUAUAAACACUUUUUAUUGAUGGUAGUUAACUUCCAAAAUUACUAGGAUAUCUGUAUAGCUAUUUUUUUAAAAGAAAGUUGCCAUUUGAAUUGUUAAAUCUUACCUCAAGCUGUUUUUCAGCAUUUUUAUAUUUUGAUAUUUUGGUGUAGAAAACUAUAGAUAAGGAAUUUUGGUGAGCAACUCAUGUAAUUUUGGAUUUUUUUGUAUAAAAAAAUGUGCAUUUUAUACCAUGUUUCCUGAAGUACCAGUCAUUGCAGGCUUAUGUCUUGCUUCCACAGAAUAAAAAAAAAAGA